AUGAACGCAGCCUUGCAAACUCCUCAUCUUACUGCCUUCCAUCAAAGAGAAAGAAAGAAACCGUCUCUUGAUCCCAGAACUACCCUGAUUGGCGAGUCUUUACAGAAUGAAGACCAAGAAGCACAUUCCCAAGGUAAAAUCAAAGAAGAGGAUGAGGAUGACAAGAAAUACGUUUUCAAGGAUGCGCUUGAAGAUGACAAGGAACACGCUCUGAAGGAUGAAAUCAAAGAAGAGGACGACAAGAAAUACGUUUUCAAGGAUGAAAUUGAAGAAGACGAAGCACUGGAACAUAACGACCAUCCCCAGGAUAAGGCACUUUAA